AUGGAUAUUGUUGCUAACCCACCUCAUAUUCUCCACGCUCUUUUUAAAUUAUCUCCUGCUGAUCUCGAGGUGCUUAUAACGGGUGUGCACGCUCCUAGUGCUGCGAAAGAUAAAAUUAUGUUGUGGAAUAAUCUUGGAGAAAAUCCACCCCCUUCUAAUACUCCAUGGCUACUAAUGGGGGAUAUGAAUGAGGUGGUAAAUCAGUCGGAAAAAAUGGGUGGUAGACCCGUGACCAACUCCCAAGGAAGGGAUUUUUCGAAGAUGACUGAUAGAGAGGGCUUAAUUGAUAUGAGGUACAAUGGUCCAACUUUUACUUGGAAUAAUGGGAGAGAAGGAACGGAACUAAUUAGGGAAAGGCUCGAUAGGGCACUUGCUAAUGCCGAAUGGUUGAAAGUUUACCCUCAAACUCAGAUUAGCCAACCUAGAACUGUUAAUUUCGCCCCUAGGGAGAUUGUUAAUAAUGAUGACUUGGAGUUUCUUGCUAGCGAGAAAGUGGGGGAAGGGAAUUGGGAUCCGAUUAAAAUUGGCCAUGAUGUUAGUAUUUCUCACCUUUUCUAUGCCGAUGAUGUGUUUCUUUUUGCAAAGGCGUCAGUGGGCAAUGUUAAUGCUAUUAUGGAGGUGCUUCUUGAGUUUGGAAAUAAAUCAGGUUUAUUUAUUAGUCCCACUAAAUCUAAAGUCAUUUUCCCCCCAAAAAUGUGCUUAUCCCUCAAAAGGGCUAUCCUUAGUUUUUCCAAUAUUAAGGGUGCUCCUUCUUUCGGGAAAUAUUUAGGGGUGAACAUUAGCCCUAAUAGACUUAAAAUUGCGGAUUAUGUGGAUCUCCUUAAUAAAACAAAAAGUAGGAUCAAAGGGUGGCAAGCUAAGCUUCUUAAUAUGGCCAGUAGAUGUACUUUGAUAAAAUCUGUGCUUAACUCUUAUCCCCUCUAUGUGAUGCAAACUACCCUUCUUCCUAAUGCAGUUCUUGAGGAACUUGAAAGAAGUUGUAGACGUUUUCUUUGGAAUAAGGUGGACAAAGCCCACUACCUUCCUAGGACUAGUUGGGAUAAGGUUUGUCUUCCCUUGGGUUUGGGUGGUCUUGGUAUGCGUAACCUUAAAAAUUGGAACCUUGUGUUUAUGGAUAAACUUGGGUGGAGAAUUAUUAAGGAACCGGAUAAGCUUUGGGUCAAAAUUCUUCAUGCUAGGUAUUUCAAAAGAUCGACCUUUCUCAAUUGCAUUCCUAAUAGCAGUGACUCCCCCCUUUGGAGGGACAUCCUCAAAGGAAAGGAGCUCCUUAUGAAAGGGAUUACCUAUAGAACGGGAAUGGAAAGGACAUUUGUCUUUGGUUUCAUCAUUGGGUAG